AUGCAGUGUUCACUCUUCUUGGAAGACUUGAUUAUGGCCACUUUAUGGUGCAAAGAAUCUCAAACCUUCAAAAAAGUGGCCGGUAAUAUUGUGCUUGUUGGUUUAAUCGGAUGCCUAGCAACCAUAUUUCUAAUCUCUCUUGUCUCCUUUAGCAACUACGUAGACUCAAAAUCCGGACCACAAACCGAACCCCUAGUGCUCUACUUAGAUUCAUUUUCCGUGUCGGAUUUCAAAGUCUUCAAAUCGUCGUUUUCCGCCAAAUGGGACGCCAAAUUAACGUUUACUAACCGAAAUGGCGGCUUGAAAAUCAUCCUCAACGGUUUCAAGAUCUUUGUGUAUCAUAGAGAACGUCAAGCCUUGUCAUGUGCUAUAGUGGACGGCAUGGAAAUCGAUCCAAAGACGCAGAAAACGGUGACGAUCAUGUUCGAUACUCGAAGAUCGUGUGGAUUUGAAAAGCCGGCGAAUAAGUACCAAGUUCUCAAUGAGUUAAGGGAAGAUGUUAAGAGCGGUGUGCUUAGGUUUAGUCUGAGGAUGAAGAUUCCUGCUUUCUAUAGGUUGCGCCUGCUUGGUCUUGGAACGACUGUCGUUUUGACUCCUUAUUGUCCUGCUUUAAAUCUUGAGUUUUUGGGUGCAAAAGGUGAGGGAAAGAUGGUUGGUGGGAGGAAUUGCUCCGUUCCCUUGCCUAAAUUAUGA